AACUUAACAGUUUCGCACGCCUCAGAGGUGCUCUUCUGGUUGAGAAACCCUGAACUGAGGGUAAUACGUAAAUGAACUGAUAAAUAAUUUUUAGUGUGUAGAUAGCGAGUGGUUUCUGUCGUGCUGUUGCUCUUUUUAUGCGUGGGAAUUAUUUUCGAUUGUGUUGUUCCCGUAUCGCCAGGUUUCGUCUCAGAGAUUGGACUUUAUUUACCAGAUUGUAUGGACUUCGCGGUGAGGCUUUAGUGUGACGAAGAGCCAACGUAGGGUAAUCUCAUAAAUCUGUAAAUACGUAAUCGUUUCUCAAACGGUUCAAUCGAUUUAUGAUCGUCAACUUGCUUAGACUGCCCUAAAUAUGAAACGAGGAGUGCCGGCUUCACUGGAGGUUGACAAAGAAACCUUUGAAAAAGUACAAACCACAAGUAUACAGAAAGCUAUUAAUCAGCAUGAAGUACCAGCAAAAGAAAAGCAUGUUCGAAAUGCAAUAUUGGGUACUUAUCAAGAGAAGAGUGCGUACACUUUUUGGCAUGUUGUACGUCGAUUACAGCUUUCCACUCAUGCGAUUACUUGCUGGAAGUUUUGUCAUGUGUUACAUAAACUGCUAAGAGAUGGACAUGAGAGCACGCUUUCCUAUUCAAUCAAGUACAAACAACAAGUCAAAGACCUUGGGAAAAUUUGGUCUCAUGCCGUCCAAGCAUAUGGUACAAUAAUUUCAAAAUACUCCAAAUGUUUGGUACAAAGAAUGGAAUUCCAAGUCAAGUUUUCAGAGUUUCCCGGAAAUUUCUCUAUUUCUGAUGAUACGCUCGAAAAAAUAGGUAACAAUGAUAUAAAUACAUUUUUUGAAUUAUGUGUAGACAUUCUUGACUGCUUGGAUUCACAAAUGGAUCUACAAGAAGCAAUAUUUCGCACGCUCGAUUUCUCAAAAGCGAUAUCAAUGACUGCUGCAGGCCAGUGCAGACUUGCACCUUGUAUUCCUAUAAUUUUGGAUUCUAGUCAGAUGUAUGACUAUUCAGUGAAACUCCUGUUCAAACUUCAUGCAUGUCUGCCGCAGGAUACGCUUAUAGGUCACCGUGAUCGUUUUACGGAUCUUUAUGGAAAGUUGAAAAAAUUUUAUUAUCAAUGCAGUAAUAUGCAAUAUUUCAAAAGGCUCAUUCAAAUCCCAAUUAUGCCAGAAUCUCCACCUGAUUUUUUGUUGAAACUUGAACGCAGUCAUCAGUUAGGUCCAGUAAGAAUGCUUAAUGAGGCUCCUCCAACAGAAAUUGAUCGCUCCCCGUCGCCAGAACCAGAGCCAGAACCUGCUCCAGCACCACUUAUUGAAACCAAUUUUGAUGAGGUAUUCGGAGGUUCCAUGGGUGAUUUUUCUUUCCAUCAAGAGCCAGAUCCACGUGAUGAAUUGAUACGUCAACUCAGAGAAGAAAUUGAAUCAUUGAAAGCACAAAUUGUACACAUGACAGCAGAACAUGAGGAGGAAAUAAAGCAACUUCUAGAUCGUAUAAGUGAACUGGAAAAGGAACUGAUGGCAAAAGAAACACAUGCAAAAGCAGAUCAAGUUAGAAUGCAAGAAUUGCAAAAGCGGUUGGAAGAAGCAGAUGAGCAAGCUGAAAAUGCUGUUCUGAAACAAAGUAUGUUGGUCGAUGUUGAAAAGAAAGCUUCUGCUAAUGAGGAUCUGUAUAAAAAAAUGAAAGAAAAAUAUAUGAGUCUAGUAAAAGAUCAUGCUUUGCUAAUGAGGAAAAAUGCAGAUGCGCAGAAGCAGUCUGAAAAUCUUCAACAAAGUGCAGAAGACCAUGAGAGCAAAAAAACACAGCUUUUGCGAGAAAGUGAAAGAUUGCAACAGAGUUUACAGGACAAAGAGCGGAAUCUUCAAGAAGCUGAGCAAAGAAAUAAAGAAGAUGCUCAUUUGCUGUUUGUAUCUGCUGUUGAGGCAACGGAAUCAAUGAUAUGUCAAGCAGUGACUGCAAUGGAAGAUCCAGUGAAUUCCCAAAGCACUUGCAGUGCUGAAGCUUUGAUAAAAACUGUUGAAAGUGCUAUUGAAGCAGUUGAGAAAUUGGAAGUGGGAGCAAAAGAAUUUGUACACAAUCAAACUCAGAAUAAGGUUGUUCAAGCUUUGUCAACAUUUGGUCACACUGUAUCUCAAACUCUGCUGAAUGGAAUGGCCACUUGCCAUCUAGUAUCAGAUUCUCAUGGUAAAGAGCUCGGUGCGGCCUGUCAUUCCUGUGGUAGUGAAUCUCUGGCUUAUUUGUCGAAGCUGAAAAACUAUCAAAUGUAUGAAAAUAAAGAUGAAGUUAUUUCUACAAAUGAGAUGGAUGAUGAACUGCAAAAAAUCUUAUCUACAGCUAAAGAACUUUUACCAAAGAUGACAGAUAUUGUUGGUGGUGACUUGCAAGAUAUGGUUGAUCAGGAAAUGUCUUCUACAUCUCAUGCUAUUGAGUCAGCUGCUGCCAGAAUUGAAGAAAUGCUACGUGAAGCUAGAGAAAGAGAUACUGGUGUAAAUUUGGAAGUUAAUGAAAGAAUAUUGGAUUCGUGUACUGAGCUCAUGCAGGCCAUCAGAGCCCUGAUAAUUUCAUCUAAAGAGUUGCAAAGGGAAAUUGUAAACGAAGGCAGAGGAGCUUCUUCUGUGAAAGAGUUCUACAUGAAGAAUUCUCGUUGGACAGAAGGACUGAUAUCAGCAGCCAAAGCUGUUGGAUUUGGUGCCACCUUACUAACUGAUUCGGCAGAUCAAGCAGUGAAAGGAGAAGGAAAAUUUGAGGAAAUUAUAGUGUGCUCACAUGAGAUUGCAGCAAGUACUGCGCAGUUGGUUGCCGCAUCAAGAGUGAAAGCGAAUAAAACCAGUCCGAAAUUGCCCAAGUUACAAAAAUGUUCUAAAGAUGUCAAUGCAGCUGCUGGUCGAGUUGUAGCAUCAACCAAUGCUGGCAGAAAGCAAAUUGAUGAUACUGGAGAUGACUUGUCCAAUGAUCUGUCUAAAUUCACUCUGACUCAAAUUAAGAGAAAAGAAAUGGAUUCUCAAGUUCGAAUACUAGAAUUGGAACAAGCAUUGCAAGAUGAAAGACUUACAAUUGGCAAGUUACGUAAGCAACAUUACAUUUUAGCAGCUGAAAAUGAAGAAAAGGAUGAGCAGCAAGAUGAAGCCAAUAACAACAAUAAUAAUGGUGAAACUCAACAGAAAAAUGGAAACGAAACACCUCCAUCGCAAAAUGGUCAACCGAAGUUGAAGCCUCCAUUGCCUGCAAAACCUGUUGGUUUACAAAACCCCUAGUUUUGUAAUGGACAUAUUUAUGAAGCAUCAAUCGGGUUAUAUAGGAGUUAGCUUGUACCAAUUUGAUUAUUAAAAUUAUUUAGCGUAGUCUUGUAUUUACUUUUAAAACUGUCAUGAUAUAUUCAAUUGAAGGAGCCACUGUUGCAGCAUCUAACUAUAAACUCUUUAGGCAUACUUAAUAUAUUUAAUAACACAACAUGAUGCAGUGGAGUAAACAAUUUUUUUUAUAAAAGCCUGAUAAUAACAUUUUUGUGAAUGGAAUUUAAUCUGUUCAUAAUAUAUAAAUGUACCUGCCUACCUGGUUGGCCAUUAUUACACCAACUACUGCCUAAACUUUUGUGAAUUUUUUACCAUGCUUUUCUGUUAUUAUAUAUAUCAUUGUAUCAAUAUGGCAGGUGUAUAUUUGUAGUUUGAGUAGUUAAAUUAUAUCUUAGCAUGGUAGAUAUUGCGUAUAUGAUACUGUUUAAUUAAUUCUUUGUACUUGUUUUUUAGACAGCCAACAACAAUAAAGAUUUUGCACUUUUUUCUUUUUUGAUUUCUGUUGACUAUUGUGUUGUGUCUAACUACAUGUUAAAUGCUAAACUUGAGACAUAUCAAAAUUUCUGGUUGAUAUCACUGCAACACAACUAUAAAAUGUUUUCAGUAAGGUGUUUAAUUCUGGUCGCAAUGAAAAGAUUGGCAUUUUUAUUAUUAUAGGUAUAUAUAAUAUUUUACAUAAAUAAAAUGUUGAUACCAGAAACAUCAGUUAUUCAAUAUAUUUGGUUUCAGUCAUCUCCUGUUUUAUAGAAAACUUUUUGUGGUGUUUGAUAUUUCCAAUUUCUGUCUCUAUAUUGGUCUUGUGUUUUACAGACAUUUGGCAAUCGUGUUUUUCCAACAAUUGUUAUUAAAUAUGUCUGCUAUUAUUAAUUUUUUUUCAUUCUUAUUAUCAAUAAUAGAUUUCAUUCACUUGUAUUUUUAUGCUGGUUAUGACAAGAAACCAACAGUCUCAAGUGAUAUGAAUUCACCCUCUUUCAAACAUAUAUUCGCCUGUUGAACAUGUAAUCAAAUAGUACUUCAUCAUCAUUUUUCUGUGCCACACCAAUGAAUCUGUGCUUUCAAAAGUCAGUUUUUAGUUUCAUGCAUAAACCAAUGACACUUAUAUCUGUUCUGUAUUAUUCAACAUAUGCUUAUUAUGUAUUAGCAAUUAUAGGAUUCAUAUACACAGUAUCUACUCAAGAUUGCCAAUUAUAUAUACUAUUUACCGACGGAAUGGCAUAUUUUGUUUUCAUGAAAUUGAAUAUAUACAAUUUCAAAAUAAUUAAGUAUUUUUUCGUUUCUAUGACUACUUUCAUUACCAUAUUUGAAAUUGGCCAUUCCCAAGGCAAGCACCCAAAAUCCAAAUUCCUUUAUCCCUGCUGAAGUCUAUGCCUUGAGCCCCUUGAAUAAUAAGUUUUUCUACCUCAGUUACCCAGAUCUAACUACCCUUGGGGGUAUGUCACUGAAUCAGGAAAUUCAUAAAUACCACAGACCCUAAGAUACUAUAUUAGUCUAGAAAUGCAGGUAUUUCUAGAUAGAUUAAGUAGAUCAAGUAUAAUUCUCAUUGUAUAUAUUAUGUUUUAUUAUGCAAUAAAAUAUUACAUAGU